CGGCGCGCGGCUCGGGCGGGCACUGUGCUUCCGGCCGCGGCGCCCAGCUCAGCCUACUCCGGCCUCGCCGCGGCCGGGGGCGGGGUCGCCGUCGGCUCCGCCCCUUUCCUCCUGCCUUCCAGCCGAAGGGCAAGAGCGAGCCCUGGUGGGCCGAGCGGAGGGUGCACUGCGCCACCGACCCGUCCCGUGUAGGGUCGACCCGCGUUCUCCGCCCGCCAGCGGCCCUUCCCGCCAAAAACCUCUCCGGCAGUAGACUGCUGCGCUAAAUUUGGAGCCCCAGCAGCGCCGUGGCUGAGCAACGCGUUGCUCACAGCCUCUUUUCUUUGUGUUCUUUUUAGCCCCCUCCUCGUUACUAUAUAAAUCUCUCCACUUUUUGACGUCUGUAAGGAUUCCUACUCACAGCAAUCGGUCACUUACAAAAAAAAAAAAAAAAUCAGCUCUGAAGAGACCCUAGAGAUGACUUAUUCCUGAAUUCGGAAUUGCCAAUGGGCUUCGAAGCCUGGAAUCCCUGAAACAUGAUGCAGCAGGCUGCUAGAAUGAAGGGAGUUGCCAACGUCACACAGGCAGGGACUCAAUUAGCUUAGGCUGGCUUUGAGCUCAUGAUCUUCUUGAAAUCACCUCCCGAUUGCCAGCUAUUUCUACAGCUUUUGAAGGUUAUUGGAGGAAGAAGUGAAGAAUGACACUAAUUAGAAAGUCUCCACACAGACUGCUUUGGAAUCAUGAGAGAUGAAAUUGCAACAGCAGUUUUUUUUGUCACAAGAUUGGUGAAAAAACACGAGAAACUGAGUGCACAACAGAUAGAAGCCUUUGCACUAAAGCUGAUGACCAUCUUGUUUGAAAAGUACCGAGGUCAUUGGCACCCUGACUGCCCUUCUAAGGGCCAGGCUUUUAGGUGUAUCAGGAUAAACAACAAUGAGAAUAAAGACCCUAUUUUAGAAAGGGCUUGUUCUGAGAGUAAUGUGAAUUUUUUUCACCUGGGACUUCCAAAGGAGUUGACCAUAUGGGUCGAUCCCUUUGAGGUGUGCUGUAGGUAUGGUGAAAAAAAGCACCCCUUUACAAUUGCUUCUUUUAGAGGCAGAUGGGAGAACUGGGAACUAGCUCAGCACAUCAGCUAUGCAGUUAACAGGGCCACUGCAGAUUGCUCUUCUGGAACGUCCUCUGAUGAAGAAAGCUGUGGCAGGGAGCCCCGAGCCAUUCCUAAAGUCAGCAAUCCCAAGAGCGUCUACCAGGUUGAAAACUUCAAACAGUCCUUCCAACCGUGGCUCUGCCUCCCCCGUAGAAAGCAUUUGGCAGAUGGUCGUGGGGGCCUCCUGGGGACUGCUUACCACCCAGUGCCCAGGAACCCUAAGUGGUGCAGGCCUGCUGGGCGCCGGGUGGACAGGUACCACUGGAUCAACACACAAUUGUACAGUGGUCAGGCAGCACCGAGCAAGCUUGAAGGAGAGGCCUUGUCUUCCCUAGAGCACGAAUGAGGCUAAAGCCAGGAAAACCUCCACUAGAAAGAACUCUCAGGGAUGAGAGUGCACAAGGUGAAACAAGAAAUUCACGUCACCUUGUGCACACAGGUCACCACUCGACUUUUAGCUAUCCUUUUAAUUCUUAUUUAACUUUAUAUACAAUUUUAUGUAACACUAGUGACUGUAUGUGUCUAGUAAAGUGAUUGAAUGAGAUAUUGCCUGUGAUAAAAUAAAAUUAAUUAUGGGAAGGAA